AUGGCAGAGACAUCUAACUCUAAUUCUAAGUCCAACUCCAACUCAAGGGAAACCGGAAAGAUUGUUGAUGAGAAUACCAAAAACGGUGAGUCCACCUUUAAAUCCACCUCCAACGCCACCUCCCUUGCUACCGCUUCCGAAGAGAAAAAGACUAGAAAUCCUGAUAGUGAUAGCAAGUUCACCGUUCCUGCAUCCCAGAACGAUGUAAAGUCGGAAGACAAAAACGAGCAGCAAGAGCGAGAAGAAUCCACUAAGGAAGGAGAAGGAACAACUCCCCAGGAUUCAGAUAAUGAGGGUAAGCAGAGCAAGAGGCAUUCAAUCGGGUGUUUUGGCUUUCGAGACGGAGAUGGAGAAAAAGAUGGAGAUGUGGGGGCGUGGUUUUCGCAUCGGUUCUUUUGA